AUGAGGGAUCAUCCUCAUUCUCGAUCAUGCAAUAGCGAUCAACCAGUUGCGUUUGCAAAAAAACAUCGGUUCAAGGAUACACUGGCACUUUUUAUUGUCUUCCUCAGCUUCAAUCAUUUUGCAUCACUUUGCUUAUUGGUAUCAUUUGUGAUUGCCACCAGAUUCACGAACUUCUUAGCCUCAAGCUUUAUCACGAUAUUUCUGUCGAAGAAACCAUCACCAGCAAUGACUGAAGUGACUCACAUAAAGCCAUUAGAUGAUGCAACACUAAGUAAAACAACAAACGGUAAGAAAUCAGUAGAUUCUGUAUCCAGAGCGAGCAAUAAAAGUUCACACUUUUCAUAUUCGAUAUUGUUUAUCGAAAUAAUUACAGCAACCAUAUUAAAGCUAUACGGUGAAGAGUAUUUCAUAAGUCCUAUUGAGAAAUUAGCGCUUUCUAUUUUAGCUUCGUCGAUGAUUAACGAUCCGAGUGAUAUCUUGAGUUAUGCGACAUCGUGCUCUGUAUUGUACGCGGUAACGUUGAAUGCAUGUCAGCGAUUACGCUCCUUUCACGAUAUUAAUACACUGCUCAUGAAUUAUGAUCUCAAUAGUCAUUUUAAUAUACCAAAAAAUGUGACAACGUUUUUUGGGAGAUUUUGUUUUCAUACAGGUGGAUUGGUUUUUUUUCAGUGGAUAGACAAAUAUGUGCAACAUCUUCUUUAUUACAUUUCAUUUCAUAUUGUAAUUUUUCAAUUUACACAAGGCUUUUUACAUCCAAGUCAUCAUCAUGUGGAUAAAGCAAAACCCAACAAAAAAGUAGCAACGCCGCUUAAAAAUGAUGCGAGCCGUAUUGCAGGUCAUAGAAUUGUAUCUAAUGGUGCACCGAAAUCUUCUGUACAUUCAGCUGUUGCCACUCAACCUCAACAGCAUUCAAAUCAAGCCCCGACUGAUAAAUUGUCACAAAAUAAUUAUGAAAAUACUCCUAAUAAUCAGACGUCAUCAUCGAAUUCAAAUUCGACUUCUAAUGUUCAAAAUUUCCCACCUCAGUUGAACUUGAAGAGACCAAACGAGAAUUGUAACGAUUUACCAUUUUUUGCAGCUAUAGUGAAAGAGUUUGAGUGCUUCGAACCAUCCGUAAUUUCGGCAGCCGCUAGUAAUUCAUUGACUGUUACUACAAAUGUCACUGUACCCUUCAGUGCGAAUCCAAUCGAAAACGACAAUACCACUGAAGUGAGCUAUACGAACCAGUUUUAUGAAAUAAAAGUUGAUUUUGAACAUGAAAAUAAGGCAAGGGAUUUAACAUUGGAUGUUACCGUAACAAGCAAUCUUGAAAAUUUUAUUCGUCAUCUUUUCAAAAGGAAAAACCAGCAUUUAAUUCCACCACUAUGGUCAAUUGUUGUUACACUGAAGACAACAAAUUUUGAAAAGAAAUACUUGCAGAAAGAAAAUAAGGAUAUCGCUUUAGGAAACGAUCUUUCGACAUCGAGUUCCGCAACAGGAUCUGUUGAAAAUGAGAAUUCCGAUAAUACUAUAUCACCAACAAACUCAAAUUUAAGUCAGACUAACGCAAAUAAUGAUGAAGUUACCCAAAGUGUCUUUAAUAAUCUACAAGCUACUGGCACUAUGGCACUGAUUGCUAAAACAGCAUUUGAUGAUUACGCUCAGUUGCAUUUAGUAUCAACAAGAGAUAAUAUCUUUAAGAGAGACGACAAGGAUUAUAAGGUUUGCAUUGUUGAAAUAUGCUGUAAUUCGAUUACUUUCCACAUUGAAAACUUACAUGAGGGUGAAUUAAUUGUUUUAGUGAAUGGGGUUAUUUGGUCUGAAGUAUCCUGUGCUUUGAUUCUCGAUUGUGAAGAUGAGGAGCUUGUAGUCGUAGGUGGCCUGGUACCAUCCUGCUCGUAUGAUAUUCAAUUUAUCAAUAGAAUAAGUCAUACAGAAGACUAUUUGAUAAGUGAUCUCAUGGUUAGAACUUUAGGAAGUCAUAAAAACAACACAGAGAAAUUUGAGAAAUUCGAGAAUAUUGAUUUUAGUUUCCCAUCAUACUACCAUAGAAAGUUCUUAUCACCUUUGUUAACUUUGAAACAUUCAGUUCUGACAACUAAUACUAAUUUAGCGGAAGGUCGUGCCAAAUUGAAAAAGAGCAAAAGAGAAAUCAGCAAGAAAUUAAGCUCUUUGAGACAAGAUAUUGACCACUUUAAAGCGAAGAUUUCACAAAAUGCUUCCAAUGAUGAAAAAAAUGCUUCCAAAGUUGAUAGUUUGAAGCUUGCUGUUCAACAAAGUGAAUCAACUAUAGCUAAGUUGGAACAGGAAUUGAAGAAAUCUAUUGACAAAGAGGUCAACCUAGAGGAAAUAUAUCUGAAGAAAAAGGAUCUGCAUUUAAAGCAAACUAUGGAAUAUAGCAAGAAUAAAGAAUCCCUGGAACACGAGGUGAACAUGGCAAAGACAAAAAUUAACCGACUGCAGCAAGAAUUUAGUCAGCUGAGCAGUAAGAAAGAAAAAUUGGUUCUACGUCAGGAAAAAUUACAAAGAGAAGUUAAUCAUAAUACUGAAGAGUUUGAAAAUUUUAGGAAUCUUCUUGUUCAGAAAAGAGAGAGAGACAGAUCUAAGAGACAGGAUUUAAGAGCUCGUGAACUUAAUGAGCUCGAAUUGAGCAUUAAGGGCCUAGAACAGGAUAUUAGCCGCUUGGAGGGUGAAAACGGCAGUAUGCAUAAAAUAGUACAUGGUUUUUAG